AUGGAAAAUUACGAGAUAAUCAAAGAAGAUAUUGGCCAAGGAAGCUUUGGCAAAGUAUGCUUAGUAAGACACAUCUAAUCUGGCAAGCAGAUGGUCUGGAAGAAAAUUAACUAUGGGAUUAUGAAGGAUAAGGAAAAGAAGCAGCUGAUAAAUGAAGUUAAUAUUUUAAGAGAAUUGAAACACGAUCAUAUAGUCCGCUAUCAUGACAAAAUUAUUGAUAAGAAAAAUACUACCAUCAUAAUAAUAAUGGAAUACUGUGCUGGAGGGGACCUUUCAAAGCUUAUCAAGCAGUGCGAAGCAGGAAACAAAUUUGUUCCAGAGGAAUAAAUUUGGAAAAUAUUCAUGCAAAUAACACUGGCUCUAUUUGAGUGUCAUAGAAGGCAGGAUAAUAAAAUGAUAUUGCAUAGAGAUCUCAAGCCAUCAAACAUCUUUCUUGAUGAAAGGUAGCAAGCAAAGCUUGGUGAUUUUGGCUUUGCUAAGGCUAUGAAUGCUUAGUCAGUAUAUGCUCAUACUUAUUUGGGCACACCAUUCUACAUGAGCCCAGAGUAAAUAAAUGAAAGUGAGUAUAAUGAGAAGAGUGAUAUUUGGUCACUUGGGUGCAUCGUCUAUGAAAUGGCUGCUCUCAGACCGCCGUUUCAAGCUGAAAAUUCUUUGAGUUUGGCAUUAAAGAUAAAAUCUGGUUAGUUCAAUAAGCUUCCUACUCGAUACUCAGAGGAAUUGAACAGGUCUAUAAGAUGGAUGCUGAAUGUUGAUCCAAAGAAAAGACCCAAUGUAGAAGAUCUAUUGAAUUUACCUGCUAUCAGCAUGCUACUUAGAGAGAAAGCCCUUUAGAAAAAUUAAAUAUCUGUUCAAAGAAAAGCAGAAGAGGUAAAGAAGAAGUAGCAAAAGCUUAAAGAAAAGGAAGAUGAAUUGAACGAAAGAGAAAAAGCACUCAAAGAAAAAGAGAGAGAAAUUGAGGAGCUUGAAAGAUAACUCUAAGAAAUUCAAAGAUUAAAGAAGUAUAGUGGGUCAUCAAAAACUACUUAAGGAACUGAUUUAGGCAAUGAAUCUUGUAUCAAUAAUCAGAAUCAAAGUAUGGAUCGAAAUUUUUUCACUUCUCCUAGUAAUAACAACAACGAGCUCUAAGACUCAGUGACAACGAUUUAAAAUAAUCAGAAUGAUCUUUCAAGAGAAGAUUCAAUUCAUAAGUUGAUGAUACCAUCCGAAAAUUCUUAGAAAAUGUUUGACACCACCUAAAUUAAUUAAGCAUUGAGUCGAUAAAAAUAAAAUAUUCAUGGCAAUGGAAGCCAACCUGAGAUUGCUAGUGGUGAGUUCAGAAAUGGAAAUUUAUCGGGACUACUAAGAGAUUCAAGUGGAAGUUAAUUUAAGUCUUUGACUCGUGCACUAAACAGAAAUAGUAGUAAUGCUCAGAGCAAGGAGAAUCUAGUUGAUAUUAGUACUACUAGCAGUAAUGAUAAACUUGCUUUCAACAAAGGUAUGCUUUUAAAGCAAAAAUAACUUCAGUAGUAGUAUUAACAACAAUAAAUGUAAAUUAAGCAAUAAAUCAGAGAUGGCUCUAACACCUAAGGGCAUUACAGAUCUGUUGGCAAUAGCCAAAAUCUCUAAAUUCAAACAGAGGAUCCUGAUGACUAGGAUAGCAAUUAGUUUUAAAUCCAUCAAAAAAAUAAAAACCUACACGACAAAAUAGCUAUUAAUCUUCCUAAAAAUCUGAAUGUUGAUAAGGAAAAUAUAUCCAGAACUGCUAAUCAAAAUCAACUGACUCACAUGAGAAGCAGUAACGACAGCAUUUAAUUGAAAAGGAGCUAUGAAAACAUGAGUAUCAAUGAUUCUACAGUGAAUAUGAAUCCUUGCACAGAAUCUUAGAAUUCAAAUUCUUAUACAUAAACUUAUUAAAAUACCAGUUCAAAUAAUCUAGCAACAAUGUCCACUAAUAGCUAGACUGGACUACCUCCAACUGUUCCACAUAAUCUAGGAAGAAUGAAUAGUGAGAGAAUUAGCUAAUAGGUAUCUCAAUUGCAGCAAUAACAGUUUAUACAAAACUAGCCUAAUACAGAUUAGCAAUAGCAGUAGCAGUAGCUACUAAAGUAGAAUUUUAUUAAAUUUCAUUCGAAAAAAUCUCAAGAUUAAAAUAGUUAUAACUCGACAAUGAAAAAUAUUUAAGUCAGAGAUAGCUAUGAGAAAAAUGUCAAUAGCACAUUGAAUAAUAACACUAGUAGUAAUAAUUAGAGUAAUCCCACACUGUAAAACUUUAAGCAAUAUACUAGCACCAAUAAUAGUCAAGAUAGAGCUUUGAAUCAAAUAAUCGAACAGUAAAAGUAACAAUAAUUGCAAAGGAAAGGGAAAUCAAACAGAGAUGCCUCAUUAGAAAUAAGUUCAAGACAAGGAACUUCUAAAUAAACAAGCGCCUCGAGGUAAAAUGCUGUCUCUAAUUAAAUGUCAUAAGAAUAGAUUCAAUAUCAACAGGCUUAAUAAUACUAGCUUUAGCAACAGAUAUUUAAACAAAAAUAAAUGACUCUAUAGCAACAACAAUAGAUGUUGCUAUAGAAGAAGCAAAAUAGUAACGUUACUAACUCUAUUGACUUCCAAGAGUUCCUCAAUAAUUAGUAAUUUUAUGAGCAAAAUAUGAGGUAGGAGCAAAAGUAGUCUCAAUCGAAGCAGUAAUAAAUACAAUCAAAAUACUACUGA